AUGGCGGGACAGACGAUCAACGACAGGCUAUUGGCAGCGAGACACAGCAUCGCCGGCCAGGGUCUUGCCAAAGCUGUCUGCAAAGCGACCACCGAGGAGAUGAUAGGACCGAAAAAGAAGCAUCUCGAAUGUAAGUUCAAUAGAUUCGAUACCUCUAAGAUAUUCUCCAUUGGAAACUCUGAUUAUCGCGUCGUCGGUUCAACUUCCGGAUCGUCUUGGCGAAAAUAUUGUUAUAUUUUAUGCGACAACAAAUAUUUCAUGUUUGAAAUAUCAAUUUUCAUGGAUGGAUUGCUUACACAUGAGCGAGGCAUCUUGAACGAACACGCUUUUAGGUUACAAAACGUUUCGAGCGUACCUCAUUUCGCAGAAAAUUCGAAUGAAUCGACCGUUCAUGUUCGAAAACCUACAUACCUCGGAUCCUGCACUGUCUCGAGCGAGCUUUUUUCUGCCUUAGCAGAAGUAAGCGUAUGAUGAACGGAUGUUCAGAAGACCUUGUUUCGACAUUGGUCCUUGUAUAAGGAUGUAUCAGUUAAAUGUAUUUACACACAAUAGUUGACUGCUGUUGCAAGGCCAUUCUUGGACUGGUCGGAAGAAGAAUCAUGUUUCGACCGAGAAUACACGCAUUUCUUUUUUCCUCUUACGAGAUCAAACGGUUUCUUUAAGGUGCGUGAACCUGAUGUCUGGGUAUUAACGUUACCGCAUUAGUCAUGUCUGAUAUACAUACGAGAAACGAAGCCGCCUUUCCUGUAUGUUUUCUGCCCGUUACACACGUUAACGGGUUACUUUCCAUUUCAAGGUGUUGUGCGAACGAAAGU